CGCCCCGCCCAGCAUGCCUGGCGCGGGAACGCGCUCUCGCGGGGCUUCACCGGGCACUCCCCCUUGGAGAGCGCGCUUCUGAUUGGCGGACGCCUUCCGAAUGCCGCUUUCUCAUUGGCCGCCCGGCGCUGCCGUUGAAGUUUGAAAUCCAGUGGCGGCGGCGACGAGGAGAGCGCUGCUCGGCGGUGGUUACAGCGCUGGGAACCCCCAAGCAUCGCCUCAGCCCAGCGCCCUGCAGGCUCGCACCCCGUCGGCAGGAUGAGUCUGCAGAUUUUAAACACAGAAAACGGAGAAAAUGGAGGAAACAUCAAUGAUGAUUUAACAGUGGAAGACUGUGGCUUUUUCUUUCCACCACCAGAACCUACAGGGAGGCCUUCCAUCCUACGCCUGUCCCAGAAAGAAAACUUGCCACCAAAAAGUGUGGCAAAAGCUAUGAAGGUAACCUUUCAAACUCCUCUAAGAGAUCCUCAGACUCGAAAAAUCUUAAGUCCUACCAUGAUGGAUAAACUCGAGGCUACUUUCACACUUGAUGAUUACAAUGAAACCUUGGUAGAUGAUCUUAUAUCUGCACCUGUGGAUGUUGACACAUGUCAACAAAGGACUGAAGCUGAAAUAAAUAAUACAGUGAUAAAUACACAAAUGCCAGAGAAGGUCAGUGCAGCUCCUUACCCAGAUGAUGAGAUGCCAGUGAGGAGUCGAGGUUCCUACAAUCUUGAUUUUGAUAAUUUAAAUGACAUCAAUCCCUUUCAAAGUUCAGUGCAGUUGCAGUAUUCUCCUGGAAAUCUGCAGAAGUCUCCAGUAAGAGCACCUAGCAGCCCUAAGAAAGCAUCUGAAAAACAUAGUGGUUCUCUUCUGGAUGAUACAGCUUCUUUUGCUUCAGUCACUGCAAGCACAGAGUGCUCAAAUGAAGAAGAAAAUACUCUCUCCUCUGUAAAGGAAUCUGUACUGGGGGAGCUGGAGUCUAGCAAAUCCAGGCUGUCCCCUAAGCAAGCAACCAGUGACUCUGUGCAGGAUAUGAAGUCUGCUUCCACAGAUGUGAGCCAAAUGGAUAAUUCAGUGGGAUUAACAGCAGCAUCUACACCUCCUGUACAGUUAUCUGGCAACUUGGGUUCCCACAGCACUGAUGUAACCAGUUCUAAAACUGAGGAAUUGAAGCUUCAGAGUGUUUCGGUAGCAGAAAAAUCCUCUGCAGAAGAGUCAAAGCCUGCAGAAGAGCUGGCUGUCUCCAAAGGUGGAACUGUGGAAAAGCCUGAUGUCACCAAGGCUGCACCAGUAAAAUUGGAAUUUGAGAAUUCCACUGCUAGAAAGCCACCUCCUAAGAAACUAGGUAAAAGAACUGGAAUUAAGCCACCUUCCAGAAAAAUUCCUAUUCCCAAAACAAAACCAGUGAGUACUGAAGUGCAAAAAAAAACUAAUGUGGAAGAUGAAAUCCCUGUUCCAAAAGCAUCCUAUAGCUUGGACUGGGACAAACUUGAUGAUCCAAACUUUAAUCCAUUUGGAGGAGUCUCUAAAAUUUCUGGCUCACCCAAGUGUGAGAGCCCUCAGAAAGCUCACAUGGAAGAUGAGCAGGACAGUGCUUCAGCAAGAGGACAGCCUCUUCCAGUGGAGCAGGAUAACAGACCAAGUACCUGUGAAGCUACUGAGAGAAAAGAACCCAAAACUCCGGAAAUCAACAAACAGAAUGUAGUAGAAGACAAGACAAGAACUGAAGAAGAAAGGCCAGGAGUGCCAGCAGAAACUGAACUUCCAGGAGGGAUAGCCAUGGAGAAGCAAACAAGCCCAUCUCCAGCUAAUGCCCCCUCUCAAGAUAAUUUGGUUUCUGCUGACAGUGGAAAAAAGUCAGUGUCUGCAGAAGAAAUUAAGCCUAGUUCUCACAGAACUGAAAUAACAGCAGAUGAGCAGACACCUGACACUGAACCUGAAGAACUCUUCAGACCAUCAUCAGAAGUUCUAGGAAUGGGCAUAGACUAUCUGGAACAAUUUGGGUCUUCAUCAUUCAAGGAGUCUGCCUUGAGGAAACAGUCACUGUAUUUGAAGUUUGACCCUUUAUUGAGAGACAGUCCAAGAAAACCCAUUUCUGGUACUCCUGAAACAAAAAUGAAUAUCAUGACAGCUCCUUUUCAACAUGGUCCUGUUGCUGAUCUAAAUAAAUUGUUUGAAGAAGCUGAAGAGCCUGGAGUGAGUCUUCAAAAUGAAGAGAAACCAAAAGGACUGGAUCUUCUGGGAACAUUUACAACUUCUGACACAGUUCCCCUGAUUCCAGACUCCCUGACUGGUGAUGAUGUUCCACUCCCUCAUACUGCUUCUACAGAGGCUGCAGUGGAUGCUAUUAUAGAUGUGUUACAAUAUAGCCAGAAAGACAUGGAUGCAGCUGUUGAACUGGUUAAGAGAGAGGUUCAAGAGAAACAAUUGGAGGCACAGGAAUGGAAAAAUAAGUAUGAUAAGCUUCAUAUGGAAUACAAAGAAAUGGGAAAAAUAGUUGCAGAAUUUGAAAGCACAAUAACACAAAUGAUUGAGGAUGCUCAGAAGCAAAAGGAACUUUCAAAGAGAGAAAUGCAGAGGUUGGUGGAGGAAAAGCAACAAGUUAUUUCAGAUCUGAACUCAAUGGAGAAAUCUUUCUCUGAACUCUUCAAACGAUUUGAAAAACAGAAAGAUGCACUGGAGGGUUACCGCAAAAAUGAAGAAGCUCUGAAAAAAUGUGUUGAAGACUAUGUGGCUAGAAUUAAAAAAGAGGAGCAAAGAUAUCAGAUAUUAAAAGCCCAUGCUGAAGAAAAGCUGCAUCAAGCAAAUGAGGAAAUUGCCCAAGUCCGAAGCAGAGCAAACUCCGAGACUGCAGCACUGCAGGCGAGUGUCCGCAAAGAACAAAUGAGGAUCCAGUCUUUGGAGAGGAGCCUUGAACAAAAGACUAAAGAAAAUGAUGAAUUAACAAAAAUCUGUGAUGACUUGAUCUUGAAGAUGGGAAAAAUUUGAUAGCUUUUCUGUGUUGUAAAUAUGUUUAUUGUCUCUCCCUUUCUUGGGUGUUGACUUGCUUUUUAAUUAUGUAUGUUGGAAAAAAUAAAACUCUUGAUUUGCA